UUUAUAAGCAGCGACAGAAAAUACGGAAGAACAAGAUGUUGUGACAACGUAUUUACAAUCUGUGAGCAUCAUGUAUGUGAGCUCUCUCUUGGAUAAAGAGAACAGCAUGUAUCCAGGAUCUGCAAGGGGCAACAACAACCUGCCAGUGCAAAACUUUGUGUCUACUCCACCCUAUUCAGAUUACAUGGGAUAUCAUCAUGUGCCAACUCUGGACACCCAUGGGCAGCCUGCGGGAACCUGGGGAUCUCACUAUGGCCCACAGAGGGAGGACUGGAACGCUUACGGCCCAGGACCUUCCAGCACAGUUGCUGCUGCACAGAUCAAUGGCUCGUCUCCUGGACAGGUCUCCUACAGUUCUGCUGAUUACAGCUCCCUCCACCCUGCUGGAUCUGGGGGGUUACCUCCUGUAGAAACAAUUAAUACACAGCAAAUCUCUCCCAGCAGCCAAAGGCACAGCUCUUACGAAUGGAUGAGGAAAACGGUGCAAACUAACACCACUGGUAAAACAAGAACAAAAGAAAAGUACCGAGUUGUUUACACAGAUCAUCAGAGACUAGAAUUAGAGAAGGAAUUUCACUGCAACAGAUAUAUUACAAUAAGGAGAAAGUCAGAACUUGCAGCAAACCUGGGACUAUCUGAAAGACAGGUGAAAAUCUGGUUCCAGAAUCGGCGAGCCAAAGAAAGAAAAAUGAUCAAGAAGAAAAUAUCCCAGUUUGAUGGCAGUGGGGGCUCAGUUCAGAGUGACUCUGGGUCACUCAGUCCAAAUGAAAUAUCUAGUUCUCUGUUCCCACCACCACAUGGAAUAAAUGGAUUACAGCCUAAUGACAUUCAUCAAGUCAUAGUUUCAGAAUGAACAGAGGAAGAAGAA